CGUUUAGAGAGAUUGUCAGUCAGCUGGAGCUCAAGUAAAACAACACAGUACUUGUUUUUAUCUUUCAGGGGCUUUUGAACUGGAGACAUUUUUUUCUCGCUGCGUUUAUGGCACCUUUAAUACAUUACUAAACGGCCCGUGGAACAUUCUCCAUUCGCGGAGAGAAAAGCGGGAAUGUAGCGUUGUUAUCGUCCACCCCAAUUUUUAACGAUAGCUCCUGACGCCUUUUCCCAGGAGAAGCCCGGUGCCCUGUUUUGUUGUCUGGAGCGCCGUGUUGUGGCUGAGAAAGCUCUCGGGGGUCCGUGAUUGUUGCUGCCAGGCGGGCCGACGCUAGGAGCGUGGGGGAACAUAGCGGCGUGUGUCUGGUGAGGAGAUGUCAGAGCGGGGAUGCCUCUUUUUGGAGACAGUUUUGUAGGCGAGGGUAUACACGAGUGUACACAGUAUACCUCCCGCUGGGACUUGGCGUGCAAACCAGCGGAGCGACGUUUCAGCAUAACUAGCAGUGACACAUAUAUGGAUGGUGGGGUCGCAGUAUGCCCACCCCCUCGAGUACCACUACAUCACUGGCUGGAGGGAGAAGCAAUACCGGGGGAGAGGAAGAGGGGCCCAUGUCCGCAGCUUCUACCUCCUCCAUCGGCUCAUCUUUCCGGUUCGUCCCAGCCUUCUGCCUGGGCGUGGUGGCAGCAGUAGUAUUUCAGCUGGCAUGGGGAGGCCUGUCUCUCACCUCGUUCUUCUUAAAGCUCUUCAUCUAUGUGUCAUUCGCCCUCCUGUGUUUCCUGGCUGGGAGCUUUGCCCUGCUGGUCAGGAAGAGUCCUCUCAAAGUCAGCUGCUUUAACCGGAGCAGGAGGCAGCCUUCUGAAUGGCUGGAGUUCUUCAACAAGCUCAUGGGUCGUUUUUUGGUGCCAGUUCAGGAGUCGAGCCAGAGCAGGAGGGUGGUGGUGUCGCACAAUGUGGACAAAACCCUGAAGGAAGUGUUUGACUAUGCCUACAGAGACUAUAUCCUGUCCUGGUACAUUCCUUUGAGUCACGAUGAAGGCCAGUUGUGCUCCAUGCUGUCAGAGGACUGGUGGCAGAUGAUCGGGCAGUUGAGAUCCAGGCUUGCUGAGAUCGACCUCGUCAACGUAGUGUGUUAUGACAGCAUCCGGAUUCUACACACACACUUCACCGACCUCAAAGCUGCAUCUGCAAGACCAGAGGAAGUGGCUCGGCCGUUUCCUCUCCAUCCCUGUUUGGUCAGUCCGGAAUCGGAGCUGGCCUUCCUCCGCUGUGUAGCCAGAAUACUACUGCUAUGUCUGCUGCCACAAAAGGAUGCCAAGUCGCACACACUACGCUGCUGUCUCACUGAAGUCAUCACUACUAAAGUUCUGAAGCCGUUGGUAGAGGUACUCAGCGAUCCAGAUUCCAUAAACAGGAUGUUGUUGUCUCAGCUGGAAAAGAGGGAGCAGCAGGCUGAGCAGCAGAAGAAAGCCUACACCUACGCUGCCUCCUAUGAAGACUUUAUCAAACUGAUAUCAACUUCUACUGAUGUCAAUUUCCUCAAGCAACUCAGGUAUCAGAUCGUGGUAGAGAUUAUUCAUGCCACCACCAUCAGCAGCCUGCCUCAGCUCAAGAAGCAGAAAGAGAAAAAAGGUAAAGAGUCAGCAGCCAUGAAGGCCGACCUGCUGAGAGCCAGAGAUAUGAAAAGAUAUAUCAAUCAGCUGACUGUUGCUAAGAAACAAUGUGAAAAAAGGAUCCGCCUCCUUGGAGGGCCAAACUAUGAGAAUAGUGAGGAAGGAGGGGCCGAUGACAACGACGAGCCUCAAAGCCAGAAGAUUCUCCAGUUUGAUGACAUCCUGUGUAAUCCAAGUUACAGGGAUCAUUUCAGAGUUUACAUGGAGAGAGUAGAUAAGAGAGCUCUGAUAAGCUUCUGGGAACUGGUGGAAACACUGAAAACUGCCAACAAGAAUGAGGUGCCCCAAAUUGUUGGGGAAAUUUACCAGAAGUUCUUUGUGGAGAGCAGAGACAUUCCAGUGGAGAAGUUUCUUCUGAAAGAGAUCCAGCAGAGUUUGGUGGGGAACAGAGGAACACAAGUCUUUGUUAAACUACAAGAGCAGGUUGCUGAGACAAUGAGAGAGCGUUACUAUCCCUCCUUCCUGGUGUCCGACCUCUACGAUAGGCUGAUCAGACGAGACGACCAUCACAGCCAAUCGCGGUGUAGCCCGGAGGAAAAGGGAGAAGGGUGCCAGGGUCUAGAUACAGGAGAGGUGGUGUGUGACGAGGGCAGUAAAGGAAUCAAUGAGCAGGCGAGCUAUGCUGCUACUAAACUACACCAGCUCUAUGACAAACUGGAGUACAAGCGACAAGCCCUGGGCUCAAUCCAGAACGCACCCAAACCAGACAAGAAGAUAGUAAGCAAACUAAAAGAAGAAAUAGGAGCCAUGGAAAAAGAACACAGCGAACUUCAGCAACACAUCACAAGGACUGACUGGUGGUGUGAAAACCUGGGGAAUUGGAGGGCUACGAUAACUACAGCUGAGGCUGCAGAGGAAGGUGGUGAGACUGUAGCUUGUUACAGUGUGUGUGUUAGCCUGGUGGAAGGAGAAGAAACAGCCAACAGUCGCUGGAGCGUCCAGAGGAAACUCACUGAAUUCCAAAUGUUGCACCGCAAACUCACAGAGUGUUUUCCAUCACUGAAGAAACUCCAGUUACCAUCACUCAGUAAACUUCCCUUCAAAUCUAUUGACCAGAAGUUUUUGGACAAAAGCAAAACACAACUCAACACUUUUCUCCAGCGUCUCCUAACAGAUGAGCGGUUGUGCCAGUCAGAGGCUCUCUAUGCUUUCCUCAGCCCAUCUCCAGAACAUCUGAAGGUGAUGUCUAUUCAGAAGAAAUCCUCUUUCUCACUGGCCUCCUUCCUGGAGAGGUUACCUGGAGAUUUUUUCUCCCAUACUGAGGAGGAUGGCGAUGACGACAGUGACUUGUCAGACUACGAUGAAACAGACGGGCGGAAAGAUGCUCUGGCUGAACCCUGCUUCAUGCUCAUAGGAGAGAUCUUUGAACUCAGAGGAAUGUUUAAGUGGGUGAGGAAGACUUUAAUUGCACUAGUCCAGGUGACAUUUGGACGAACUAUCAACAAACAGAUCCGGGACACUGUAAACUGGAUCUUCUGUGAACAGAUGUUGGUGUGCUACAUCAGUGUGUUCAGGGACACCUUCUGGCCUGAUGGCAAGCUGGCGCCACAUAUCAAAGCCCGAACGGACUCUGAACGCACUGAGACCAAGGAGCGCGCUCAGCAGAAACUACUUGACAACAUCCCAGAUGCACUCACAAAUCUAGUUGGCCAGCAGAAUGCCCGCUACGGCAUCAUCAAGAUCUUCAGUGCUCUGCAGGAGGCCAAUGCCAAUAAGCACCUUCUCUAUGUAUUGAUGGAAAUGUUACUAAAGGAGCUGUGUCCCGAGCUCAGGGCUGAGGUGGACAGUAUCUGAACACAUGCAUGAGAAUGAGGAUCGGCUGGUUCGUCUUUCAGGCCUUUCUGUAGCUGACCAAUCACAAACUGCCAAGCCAGACAGGGAGAGGGCCAUUUGGUUAAUCCUCAGACAGAAAGCAAGCUGCGUUGGUCAGAGUUGAGAUGCACGCAGACUCUGUUCAAAGAAAUUUGCUGUGAACCGGUGAAAAGCUGGCCUGACACUCUCCUGACAAAGCUGCUGACAGAAGGGUGCAUCUCUAAACCUGCGUUUGGACGGGGAGAAACCACAGGGACUUCUUCCUAUCUAGACUGCAGUCUGACGAGACUGAUCACAGAAGAACAAAGUGUAUUUUUGACUUAAGUAACUCACAUCUGUGUUUUUCUUUUAAAAAUAAUUAUAAUUCUUUCAAUAGCACUGACAUUCAGCAUCUGUGCCAGAACAGACUGAAAUGAAAUGUUUCGCUCAAAUGUAAAUGAUGGUGGUUUGGUCGACAACCUCUUUGUUUCAUCUUUAAUUUUUAGAGUAGAUAAUCGACUGACUUGACUAAAGACAAAAAAAAAAGACAGCUGACAGUCAGACUCGCUGUUGCCCUCUAGAGGCGACCGCUGUGAGUCCCAGCCCACGGACCUUUGAACAUUCCUUCUACACACAACCUGAGCAACACUUGUUCUGUGAUUCUUGUAAUAAGGCUUAUAAUUGUGCAAUAUAAUGUAAUGUAAAAGUCAUUGUGAUGAUUUUAUUUAUGAUUUAUUAUUGAUAGAUUUUAUUUUUACCAAAAAUUGUUUAGAGAGCAUUUAUAUAAGCAAUAAAUU